UAGCAUCUUUUAAACAUCUUUCCCAGCAAAAGUGCUGUAGGUUUGUAUUUAUCUGUGUUUGAGCGUCAUCUGGUGGACGGCUGCCAUCUUUGUUUUUAAGCUCGUGCCACCUUCUUCAACGUCAAAAAGUAGCGCCGACGACCAACUCACGACCCAAACGGAACUAGUUAUAGUGUCCUUCCAGAUGGAUACAUUGUGGUUAAGAGGACGGUGCAUGUCGUAGGUCGAAGGUUGCUCUGGACGAUAAAGGUGAGUUCAGUGGGAAUUAUACACGGUGUGAAAUCAGUAGACGGUAUGUCCGGGCGCGCCAGAGGAAAAUCACGUGGCAGAGAGACUGGGGCCCGAAGCGAUCAACCACCUCUGCCUCAGAAGGAAGCUCAAGCCGUGUGGCCACCACCGCCUGAGAGAGAGCUCCAAGGGAGGGGAAGACAGAAAUCUGCCCCCGUGGCAGCAGCAGAAGGAGAAAAGCCGUAUAACUGCUCGGAGUGUGGGAAGAGUUUUAUGACACAAAGUAAACUCCAAAUACACCAGCGCAUUCAUACAGGAGUGAGGCCGUAUCACUGCUCGGAGUGUGGGAAGAGUUUUAUUACACAACAUGAUCUCCAAAUACACCAGCGCAUUCAUACAGGAGUGAGACCGUAUUACUGCUCGGAGUGUGGGAAGAGUUUUACGCAGCAGAGUAGUCUCCAAAGACACCAGCACGUUCAUACAGGAGUGAGACCGUAUCACUGCUCGGAGUGUGGGAAGAGUUUUACGCAGCAGAAUAGUCUCCAAACACACCAGCGCAUUCAUACAGGAGUGAGACCGUAUUACUGCUCGGAGUGUGGGAAGAGUUUUAUUACACAAAGUAAACUCCAAACACACCAGCGCAUUCAUACAGGAGUGAGGCCGUAUCACUGCUCAGAGUGUGGGAAGAGUUUUACGCGGCAGAGUAGUCUCCAAAGACACCAGCAUGUUCAUACAGGAGUGAGACUGUAUCACUGCUCGGAGUGUGGGAAGAGUUUUACGCAGCAGAGUAAUCUCCAAAUACACCAGCACAUUCAUACAGGAGUGAGACCGUAUCACUGCUCGGAGUGUGGGAAGAGUUUUAUUACACAACGUGAUCUCCAAAUACACCAGCACAUUCAUACAGGAGUGAGACCGUAUUACUGCUCGGAGUGUGGGAAGAGUUUUACACAGCAGAGUAAACUCCAAACACACCAGCGCAUUCAUACAGCACAUACAAAAGAUUGACCUUUUCCUGUCUUUGGAAUAUUUUAUUUAUAAAUACAAUAUUUAAAAGAAAAAAAAAGGUGUUGCUAAUAAAUGUAUUACCUUCUUUUCAGAUAGGUUUAAAAUAAAUAAAAAAAAGUCUGUCGUGUGUUUUUUACAUUAAACCAUAAAUCCUGUAAUAUUUUAAGCUCAUUUUGGGGUCAUUUGGUCAGAGAUUCUACACAGACAUUAUCAUUGGUAGGACUACAGCCAUUAUCGCCUGUAGUUUUUUGUCCUACCCGUUUUCAUAAAUUCCCAAAUUCUGUGCAAUGUAUUGGAUGCUAAAUGUACUGUCCAAUCAUCGUGGGGAUAUAAGAUAGUUUUAAACAAUCCGAACGAAGGAAGGCGGGACGUGUCUGAAUACGGGUGGGAAAACAAACAAGAGUAACCGCGAGCACAAACACAGCAAUACCAACCUAGCCUUCUAAGUUGAUGCAGCUCUUCACGUCCGCGCUUUUUUGUUUUUCUCGGCAAUAUGGGGGUUCCAAAAUUUUACAGAUGGACAUCCGAGCGAUAUCCGUGUUUGAGCGAAGCUGUGAAGGAGCACCAGUCAGGUGUUCAUUUAACUGGGAGCAAAAUAGUCAGAUAUUUUCCACUACCUCGACUUUCGCAUCAUCAAGCCCAGGAAGGUGUUCUUCAUGGCCGUGGAUGGUGUCACACUCGGGGCCAAAAUGAACCAACAGCGUGGCAGAAGGUUCAGGUACGUUCUACAUCCAUUAGUGCAGGAUGCAUCUAACAGGAAGCUGCUUGCUGGUCUGGAUUGCCUUAACGAGUUCGUUAGAUCAGCAAAAGAAGCGGAGGAAUAAUAAAGAAGGCUGUGGGGAAGGGCGAGGAUUUACCUGCAGUGACCCGGUUCGACUCAACUGCAUCACACCCGGUACGGAGUUCAUGACUCGGCUUCACAAACAUCUGAAACCGACUCACAGACCGACUGAGUGAGAGUGUAUCUGUCUGGUCACAAGGUGAGCAGAGUGACCGCACACACAUACACACACACACACACACACACACACACUCUGUAACAGGUCACACUGCAAUCACUGUACAUCCCUAAAUAUAUUUUUUUCUUUAUGAAGUUUCCAUCUCCAGGACACAUUAAGUAAAAGAAAACAAGACCCACAAAUCCGUGAUCACGAAUUCGUCCCCUCCGUUUAUAAACCGUACUCACGGAUUAUUAAACUGUUCCCUCAGUUUUACAAAGCGUGCGCAUGAGGAAACAAUCUGUGCUAUCAGAUUUGUAAACUGUACCCUCAGGUUUUGUAAUCCGUACCAACAAAUUCAUAAACCGUGCGCACGCUUUCGCAAUCCGUACCCAUGGUUUUGCAGACGGUACUCACUGAUUUGUAGCCCCUCCCUCAUUUUAGACACCUGAAGUCCACAAGCAGGACAACAGCUCCACAAACAACGUGUUUAAACUUCAUAUUUUUUAAAUAUGAUAGAGGGUUGGAUGACCGUACUGUGUCAACUUCAAGAGGAGAAGGUAAAAACCAAUACAAUACGAAUAAUUCCUUGGCUUAAUACAAUUGUAUAAAGUUAUUUAAUAAUAACAUAUUAACCAAAUAAGUCUUUAAAUAAUUAUAUAAAAUUGCAUUACUAUUUAAAAUUGCAUGCUACUUUUAAAUGCACGGAUGAAAGUAGCAACUGAUUAAAAUAUUAUUUCUUAAAAUAUCUCAUCUCCGCAGGCAUUAUGACGCUCCGGGAGCUUGUGCAGAUCGCGGGAGCUGACCUGUUGAAGGUGGCGGACCUGGCAGCGCGUAUGGGAAUGCGGUCCCUGUGUGUUGUCUGUCAACUCUUGCACCGCUGGAGGUCCUCCUUAACAUCUGAGGAGCGUGUUCGGCUGAAGGACUAUCAGUAUACAGAGACCGGUCCUGCAGAGGAGGAACCCUUUCCCCAGCUGAACAUCGCUCCUGACCUCGACGGGUAUGAAGGUCCCCUCCUGGAGUGCCGGGGCGAGGGGGAGAUGGACUUUGGGACAGUGUCGGGGAAGCUGCUCUACAGAGCCAGUGUUAAGGUUUUAAAUAAGAAUAAACUGAGUGUGAGGGUCGACACCCCAUGGAGAAAUGUACAUGGUUUUAAUGCUGAUAUUAAAGCAGACUGGAGACAAACCACCGUUAACCAAAAGAGCUGCCGACCUCCAGUGGAGGAUUUUACACUGUAUUCUCUCUGUGAACUCUUUUACCUCCGUAUUAAACCCUGAUGUUACA